AUGCACCUCUACCCAUGGGCUUUGGUGGCAGGGGCGUGUAUGCUGCUGCGGCUGCUCGAACUGAGCCCGGUCCAGGCUUUGCGCGAGAGCUACGACCUGGCCCGCACCGACAAUCGACUGCGACUCCGCCUUCCCUUCUUCGGAGGGGGCGUGGGCCAACUUCUGCACUAUCUGCGACCCCUGGACGUCACUGAUCCGGCCAGGCCGGGCGGCCGUAGGUCGGAGCUGCGCAGCGAGCUGGAUGCCAACCAUGUGACCUACCGCGGCUGGCAGCUCUGGAAACUCAACUUCAAUGCCACCCGUGCAGAGGGGAGCAUGGAAGAUGAAGAGGAGCAGCACCGAUCCCCAGAUGCGGAGUUCAACGAGGUGGUGGAGAAGUUUGUGCUCACUGUAGUGGCCCUAGUCCAUGUCCACGUCCCCGCCAGCCUCGGCCAGCUGGUGCUUUGGCGGAGUGUCUCCGUGUCGGAUCUCUCGGGGCUGUCCGAACUGCCGCUGGCCUUGUGGUCACUCAAUGGCAGCGAUCUGUACGAGACCACAUUCGAAAGUCUGCAGUGGCUGUCACCGAUGGAUCUGCGGCGAUUCGACUUCCUAUCGCCGAGCUCCUCCUACCAGAUCAAUCGCCGGUACAGGAACAGCUCCUCCGUCCAGCGCUACUACGGACAUCAGCUGUGGAAGCUGCACGAGACGCGGCUGAGCCAGCCGCAGCUUCGAGCCUUCUGGCGACACUUUGGCAGCGAGGUGUGGAACAUCAACCAGGAUGGCAUCGACAUAGUCAUCGAGCAGAAAAACGUGGCGGCUGCCCGCCAGUUCAUGCAGAAGCUCAGCUUCAGCUACAACGUCAUGAUCGACGAUAUGGAGGCGGCCAUCGACGAGACCUACGCAGAGGUGCCUUCGCUGGAGGGUCUGUUCGAUGGCCAGCAAAAUCAGUCGCGGCCCUGGCUCGAGCGCGAGGGCAUGCUGAUGACCUGGCGGCGCUACCACGACCACGGCGACAUCCAGCAGUUCCUCCAAGCGCAGCUCGAAGCCCACUCGGAGCUGGUGGAGAUCGUUCAGAUUGGUGUGACCCGCAAUAAGCGCCCACUGGAGGUAAUCAGGGUGUCGAAUGGCAAUCCUCAGAACUGGGCCAUCUUUGUGGACGCUGGUCUGCAGGCCCGGGACUGGCUCAGUCCCGCUGCCCUCACCUAUGCUAUAUCCAAGCUCACCCACCUCUGGGAGCACGGCAAGCUGGAGAAGUUGAUGCGUCGCAUCGACUGGUACUUCCUGCCGCUGGCCAAUCCCGACGGCUACCAGUACUCCCGGCAGACGGACCGCCUGUGGACGAAGAAUCGGGGCUAUGACAGCGCCAGCGGCUGCUACGGCGUCAAUUUGGACCGCAACUUCGAGCACGGCUGGGGUGCGGCUGGAUCCACCAGCAAUCCCUGCAAGAAUCUAUACAGAGGAGCCUCGGGCUUCUCCGAGCCAGAGACGCGUGCUUUGCGCAAUUUCCUGCUGGGCAUGCGCGACUAUCUGGGGGGCUACGUCUCCCUGGGUGGCUAUGGUCAGACCGUGACCUAUCCCUGGGGCGAUGCCGACUACGUGACGGAGAAUCAGCGCCUGCUGAAGCAAACGGCCCGUCAGGCGGUGCUCAACUUGCGGCGCCUCAACCAGGCCGAGUACUCCACGGGCACCAGCUACCGCCAGAAGCUAGCCCGUCCGGGCAACUCCGCCGACUGGGUGCAGGACCGCAUCGAGCCGCAGUUCGUGUACAACGUGUUCCUCAAGGAUCAGGGCCGCUACGGCUACCUCAUGCCGCCCCACUACAUUGUGGAGUCCGGCGAGGAGGUCUACGACUUCCUGCGCACCAUCGCCCAGCAGCUGCAGUGA